CCGAAAAUGGACAGGCUCAUCAGCUUGGAGCCGUCGAACACGGUGGCCAUCCGAAUCGAGCCGGGACACAAGUGGCGCGGCGAGCUCACCCUGCGCAACGUCAUGUACACCAUGCCGGUCGCGUUCAAGCUCCAGCCGGAGCACAAGAGCCGCUACACGGCGAAGCCUCAGUCGGGGAUCAUAGCUCCGCUCUCGGCCCUCGCCGUGGAGAUCACCUACCACCACCCGCCCGGCUCGGCGCUCCCCGAGCCGUUCCCCGCUCGCUGCGGCGGCGGCGGCGGCGACCUGUUCCUCCUCCACAGCGUCGUGGUCCCCGGCGCGGCGGUGAAGAGCCCGAGCUCCACCUUCGAGGUCCCCGGCGAUUGGUUCGCCGCCAGGAAGAAGCAGGUGUUCAUCGAUAGCGGCCUGAGGGUCAUGUUCGUCGGCUCGCCGAUCAUGGUUCGGCUCGUCGCCGAGGGUUCGAUGGACGAGAUUAGGGAGGUGAUGGAGCGGAGCGACCCGGGUUGGAAGCUCGCGGACUCCGUCGACGAGCACGGCCAGACGUUGCUCCACCUGGCCAUUGCGCGGGGCCGGGCGGACCUUGUCCAAUUGCUUCUUGAAUUCGAGCCGUGCCUGGAGGCUCCCAACCGAUCGUUGGGAUACAGCCCGCUCGAGGCCGCCGCCGCCGCCGGAGAAACUCUGAUUGCGGAGCUCCUGUUGGCUCGGCGAGCGAGCAUUGAACGCUCGGAGACAUCGAACCGGGGCCCUGUUCACCUCGCCACGGGUGGCGGACAUGCGGAGGUGUUGAAGCUGCUCCUGCUAAAGGGGGCCGACCUGAAUGCUCUCACCAAGGAUGGCAAAACGGCCUUGCACGUCGCCGUGGAGGAGCAGAGAAGAGAGUGCGCGAGGCUUUUACUGAGCGGCGGAGCCAAGACCGACGUGCACAACGGCAAAGACGGCGACACGCCGUUGCACAUCGCGGCGAGCUAUGGGGACGAGGACAUGGUGAUGCUCCUGCUGCAGAAAGGAGCCCAUAAAGACGUCCGCAACAGGUACGGCAAGACCGCCUACGGCCUCGCGGCGGAGCACGGCCACGCGAAGCUCUUUGACGCCCUAAAGUUAGGGGACAGAUUGUGCACGGCGGCGAGGAAAGGAGAAGCGCGGCAGAUCCACCGGCUUCUCGAGAACGGGGCCGCGAUCAACGGCCGCGACCAGCACGGGUGGACUGCGCUGCACCGCGCCUCGUUCAAGGGGCACACCAAGGCGAUCAAGGCUCUGCUCGAGAAGGGAAUCGACAUCGACGCAAAGGACGAAGAUGGAUACAUCGCCUUGCACUGCACGAUCGAAUCGGGGCACACGAAGGCCGUGGAGUUACUAGUGAAGAAAGGAGCCGACCCGGAGGCAAGGACCAAUAAGGGACUGAGCGCGCUGCAGAUUGCCGAGUCGCUGGCCUACACGGGGAUCUCCAGGAUACUCGGGCACGGCGGCGCGUGCAAGGACGGGAGCACCCAAAUUGCAGGCGCCGCCGCUUCGCUCUUGGGAGGCGUCCGGGGAGGUGGAUCGUUGGGUCGAGACGCCGAGUACGGAGGAUUGAAGAAGAAGCAGAUCACUCGGAGAAGGAAGGGACUUCGCGGUAGCUUCGAUUUGUCCAGGCAAAUUGCUGUGCUCUAACCGAGGACUAGAAUUGAACGGCACAAUUCCAGUUUUGCUUCUGCACAUUCUAAUUCUUGAUUAGGCUCUGUCCAUUGGUU